CAUCAGUUGAGAGAAAAAGUUGAGACACACAGAUGUUGGCUUUGUCAAAUUUGUCGUCAGUCAGAUAAUGAUAAUGAGGCCAUUGAACAAAUCGAUGAAGAUAUAGCUGUGACUCAGAGUCAGAUGAACUUUAUUUGUCCUAUUACACAGAUGGAAAUGAAGAGGCCAGUUCGAAACAAAGUCUGUGGUCAUACUUAUGAAGAAGACGCCAUUCUAAAAAUUAUCCAGACUCGAAAGCAGCAAAAGAAAAAAGUCCGAUGCCCUAAAAUUGGCUGUAGCCAUGCUGAUGUAAAAGGAUCAGAUCUUGUGCCAGAUGAAGCACUUAAAAGAGCGAUUGACAGUCAGAAUAAACAAAGCUGGUCAACACUGGAGAAGUCAGCUGGAUACGCUGCUGCCACAAAGAAAAUCUGUUAUUAGAGGUCUUGUGAGAUAAGCUGCUGAUUGUAAGUAGGUUGUGUAACUGAUUGUUAUUUAAAGUGUUUCAUUUAUAGGCAAAGUUGAAGGUCUCAGCUGUAACUGAAAGCAUUUUUUAAACUGCCGAAUAUGAGGAAUUCCAGUUUAACUUGUUUUUUUUAACCUUCCUGAAAUUCUGAAAGCUUGCAUUUGAUAAAUAAAACGUGUUUUGCAGCAUUUA